AAGAGUUACCAUUUUCAUUUUCAUUUUCAUUUUCCACGGCUAAAAAUAAAAGAGUCCUAAAAUAUUUAUUAAGUUGCAAUUUCAAGAAUCCAAAACGUAAACAGAAGUUGAAAAAAAUUUACUAAUCAGAGCUCAUAGUCUCUAAUUAAAUAAUAAUGGUGUUCCUCUGAAUUUCUCCCUCACAUUCUCUUGCAGAGUUGGUGUCCAGAUAGUUCGGGUGAAGGGUCAACCUCCCGUUGAUGGGUGCUCCUAAGCAAAAGUGGACAGCAGAAGAAGAGGCUGCCCUUAAAGCUGGAGUGCUUAAGCAUGGGACGGGGAAAUGGCGUACCAUACUCAUGGAUCCUGAGUUCAAUUCCAUCUUGAGGUUACGCUCAAAUGUUGAUUUGAAGGAUAAAUGGAGAAAUAUAAAUGUGACUGCGAUAUGGGGAUCAAGACAAAAGGCCAAGAUCGCCCUUAAAAAGACUCCUCAGACUCCCAAACGCGAUGAGAAUCCUAAGGCUUUGAGCCUUGUAGUUCAGGGGAAAGAUGAAAUUAUUGAUGCUAAACCUCUAGCAGUUUCUAAUGGAACUCCAAAGCCUGUUGGUUCAAAAGAACAAGUUGCAAGGCUGGACAAUGUAAUUUUAGAGGCUAUUGCCGCAUUGAAGGAGCCAAGCGGUUCUGAUAGGAAUUCAAUUGCUUUGUAUAUAGAGGAGAAAUAUUUUGCACCUUCAAACCUGAGGAAGCUAUUGGCAGGAAAAUUAAAACGUCUGACGGCCAGUGGAAAAUUGAGCAAGGUGAAGCAUAAAUACAAGAUUGUGUCAAGUUCAGCAGUUUCUGAAGGAAGAAAAAGCUCUCCCCUACAACGUGCAGAGGCAAAACAGAAGGAUUCUCCAAAAUCUGAAAAGAGUACCCCCAAAAUUCUAACCAAGUCCCAGGUUGAUCAAGAACUAUCAAAGAUUAAGGGCAUGACUGCCCUAGAGGCUGCUGCAGCUGCUGCAAAAGCAGUUGCAGAGGCAGAAGCUGCAAUUGCAGAAGCUGAGGCGGCAGCAAGGGAGGCUGAUGCGGCAGAAGCUGAAGCUGAAGCAGCGCAAGUUUUUGCCAAAGCUGCCAUAAAAGCAUUUAAAUAUCGGGCACGUCAUCUGAUGGCUUGAGUUCAUCAAGUUGCAGAUGAAGCAUCGUGUAUCGGAUUUUAUAUCUAGCUGAGGCAGGCGUAUGAGACUCCUAUUUUGUCAAUAACUGUAAAUGUGUUUAGUUUUGUAAAUUGCGGAAAUGCAAUAUCGAACUGUGAUGACAUUAUGUUCCCUUUGGGCUGGGAACAUAUAGGUGUUUUUGACUUGGAAACUUAGUAAUGAGAAAAGCAUAGAUUUCAGAAA